GGAGCCCAGUCCGAGGCAGCCAGCAACCGGCGCGUCCCCGCCUACCAAUAGGCAUGCUCGGCUCAAGCUCGGCGCCGUGUGCCGUGCUCUCCCGCUAUGAGCAGCAGCAACCGCAGCGGCCGCGCCACGCUUCUUGCCAGUGAUGGCCUGUGCUGAGCAGCACCGCUCAUAAGGCAACACACCCCCCCACCUUUGCCCUCCCGCCCCAGACGUGAGCCACCAUGUACAGCGUGGAGGAUCUGCUCAUCUCGCACGGAUACAAGCUGCCCAGGAGCGGCCCCCCGUCGGCCACGCCUUACGACAAGCGGCCCGCAGAUUGCCAGCGCGAGUUGCUCGACAACAGGACGGCGGGCCGGGGGGCGCUGAACGGCUACGAGGCGGAGCGCGGGGCCUCGGUGGCCGGCGGGUUGUACAGCAGCAGGCCGGCCCCGCUGAAGGGUUACCACGGCGUGGACAACGAGGGCGGCGACAGGAGGAGGAAGGAAGGCUGCGUCGGUAUCCUAGGCGACGCUCAGCCCCUGGGUGAUUCUCUGGCUACAGAUAGUGGUUUCUACGAUGUUCCAAGUUUGACGUACUCAGAGCCGCUAAGUCACGAUGAGCGGGAUAUUUCGUACUGGCGGAGGCGCGGCCAAGACUUCAGCAUUCUCCUGGACUAUGCCGACGGCAGGGAGCUUAGAGCUUCUGCAGGCGCAUGGAGACCACAAGCCCUCAUAGCAGCUGAGGAACUCAGGGCAGAGAGGCAAGCGCAGCAGCUGUGGGAGGAAAUUUCUUGGCUGAGGGACCAAGACGCCCCCGGUCAGCUGAGGGUGACCGGGGAGCGGAAGUGUCAGAGUCUCGGUACAGAAGAGUGGAGGCCUGCCGUGGGACUGGGGAGGCAGCUGUCGGACGGGGAUGGGGAGAGGUGGACUCAAGACCACUAUCGCCUGAGGACACCUGAGGGUUUUUUUCACCCUCGAACAAAAGCAAAGUCUCAGUCGCUCCCGAGAGUUUUGUCGCCCGAUGGGACACACAGGAGAGAGCUUAUUCUAUCCAGACCAAGCCUACCGGACAGACCACCAAGGCUUAACAGCACUGUUUUCUCUGGGCCCUAUAGUCGAUAUAUAUAUAGUGGUGCUGUUGGCAGGGACCGGUGGGGCAGGAACGCUGGGCCAAGCAGCCAUGUUGCACUUUUACCAAAGCCCAGGUUCAGCAGGCCUUUAAAGCCGCCAUCAUACGAGAUUCACCAGCAGACUAGGGGUAGCGCAGAGAUGCUUGCUUUAGACCAGGGUCUUAAGUUGAAAGACAGGCCUAUCUAUUAUUCAAGGGGUGGGGAGCUGCGACACGACUAUUUUGCACAACAUUCUCUCACCGGUAUGGAGCCCCCCGGCUACAUCCCACCUCCUUCUUAUAAAAGAACCCUGCCCCCAAGAAGUCUUUCAAUAAAUCGCAAUGAAAUGGUCAGUUUCAGGUGGAGGGCAGACUCUUUGCAGCCCAGCUCAGAUCCUGGAAGGUGGCUAACGAGGCAGACAGGUGAUUCGUGGCUUGAACACUAUGGAGAUCGUGGGGCGUCCUAUCGAAAGCAGGUACCUUGCGGACACGAAGAGCAACCGAGUCAAGCUCGGCAACUAUCCGCAGAAGAACCUCGAGUGAAACAACUCUCUGGAGGGCCCGGUGGAAAUUCCCUAACUGACUCGGAUAAGAUCCGUAACAUCAACAAAGAGGUUCCGUCUGUUAAGAAUUUAGGACAAUCUACACUUGAUAGUGCCUUUCCUCCCCAGCAGGGGCAAGCUCUGAACACCGGUCGCAAAACGGCAACCCUUACUGAAAGUGACAGUAGUAUUCGAUGGUGCAACAGGGGACUGAACAAAAAAAGCGAGAGUGUCGGUCCAGAACAAAGUCGUAGUCAGUUUUUUCCUUCAUCUAUUCUGGGUAAACCACCGCCUCCCCCGUGCAAGCCUCCUGACCAGCCUGUCUCUGAAACUGCGACAGAAGUGAAGAAAAUCGAACAGUCUGAACCACCAGAGAAGGACAAGUCCAAGAAUCUAAAAAAGCGACUUAGUGAGACCAUUUUUUGUUUGGUUUCUGUCCCUGUGACACCUCAGCUCACUGGUACGAUCCGUGAUCAGAAUAACAACAAUGAGAAGUCACCAGACCCGGCUGACAGUCCCAGUGAAAACAAAACUGGCCAUUUAACGAACCAAAGUCUCCAAAGCACAUCAUCAGCCGAGGCAGAGUUGCAAGCACUCACUGGAAGCAUCGCGAGUAGCAAAACCAGCAGCCGAGCAAGCAGUAAAAUGUUCAAGAAAUUACCCUGUAGACCCCCUAAAAUAAACCACUACAAGGAGCUGAAAUUGUCAGGAUCCUGGCCUGCAAAUCAGUAUCGAGACCAAGAGACACAAACUAGCCCAGAGGCUGAAAAACCUGCCCCUGAAAACAAGGAAGCACAAAACGAUGCCACCCCUGCUACUACUGACGUCCCUGCUGACGGUGGCAGUGUAGUGGGCACUGGUUUCAGUUUUCCAAUAAAGGGAGUGAAGAGCCUGAAACUUUCAAGCAACAGCGCCUUCUCUCUAACCACCACCUUCUCCAACCAGCUGAACAAGAGCACAGCUCAGCCGCCGGCAGUGCCGUCCUCAGGAAACGUCGAGUCCAAACCAGCAGCAAGCAGCGGACAGGAGGUGUUUGAAGUUCCUGAGUUCCUGCUGAAACCGAUAGCCAGCCAGCGACCGUGGGAUGCCGUCAAAGAGCUGGAGGCCAUCCAGAAAGAAGUCGAGGAUCAGCAGCAGCAGCAGCAGCAACCAGUGAGCAGCAAACAGCCCAGUGUUGACAAGUGUAUUGAGGACCUCAACGAGGCCUACAAAGACAUCUUGGAACUAGGUGCUGCCAGCAAUAAAGUCCCUAGCGGUUCUGUUGAAAUCCCAGAGCGCAUCAAAAUCCGGCUGACAUCCCAGCCUCUCAACAAACCCAGCAGCCUUAGGCGGAGCGCAGUGAGCUGGUCUGUUGAUCCAGACUACAGGGAAGUCAAAAGCGCCUUCUCCAGGCCUGCAACAAAGUCGGUUACAUUCAGUAAGCAACUUCGUGAGGAGCUCCCUGUGCCACCUCGGGAGUCGGGUUUUCGAGAAUACAGGGUUGUUCCGCAUCUUUCGCGUAGACGUAGCAAUGACGGCAGGACGGUGAAACUGGACCUGCCGGAUGAACCCAUUGAGACACCACUUUGCGACUUCAGCCCGAUAACGCGCAACACAGCAGCAGAGGUUCCGUGGGCAGACAGGCAGCCCAUGCAAGAUGCCUCCACGCUCACGAGUCCUCCUGACUACGAGGACAUAUGUCAGACUUUGCGGCAUUCUCGGGAUUCAGGGGAAGCCAAUAAAGUCUCCGAAGAUCCUAACGACCAAGCUCUUCCACAAGACCUUGAUGCGGAGGAGGAGUGCCCUAUUUGCAAACGAGAAAUGGAGAACCAGUUGAGACAAGGACCGUUGCCUCCGCUCCACGAGGAGAACAGCUCAGAUAGUUCAGUCAAUCCAAACGGAAGUCCACCGCAGUGCGCUGCAGUGGAAAGUCCAUCGGAGAUUACGAGGAAUCAGGAAACACAGAACUCAAGUUCAAAUGUGACCGGGUCUGACUUGAGAAACGAUUCAAAGAAGCAGGACUCAUCAACACAAGACAAUUUGGAUGGGGUUGAAAAAACUGCAGAAAAUAUUGAUCAACCAAUAUUAGCGACUGGCGAGCUGGCAAAGGAACAGACCAUAUCAGAGGAGCGGCAGAAAGAAACAUUGGAAGGAAAAAUAUCGGAACUUAUGGAAGCUGAAGGUGAGGGUCAAACCAACGCAGUUUCAGACCCCAAACAGGAGCAAGACACGAAGCCAUUUGCUGUGCCGGAACAUAGACUUGUUCUAUGGACCCAUCCAGGCCGAGACCACCCAGGGCUGCCAGAGUUCCCACCUGAGAGACUACCACUUUCAGUCGUCCCAAAACUAGACCGCAGGCUGUCUCUUAGCUUGGAAGGGGAGAGGAACUGCAAGCCCCCCCCUGAUAGAAUUGAAGCUCUGCAGAAUAAGCUAGCUAUUUCUCCAGGCCGAGUAGCCGUGGAGCGUCUGGGCAGAAUGCGGGAGGUGGACGUCAUGUAUCGCAUGAGGCGCCUCAGCAUCAGGAGCACUGACUCUGGGGAGGGGGAGGCGGAUGGGGAGGAUUCCCAGGAUCUCCUCACUGCUUCUCAGAAUGAGGACAUCACCCAAUCUCAGCAGGACUCUGUGGAACCUGCAACGCAAGAUGACAAGUCUUCUCUCAGAACACCGUGACCCCCAACCCCCCAGCGGAGACAGUGUAGAAAGACUGCGUCCAUUGUGUCCAUCUUGAGGUUUAGCGCUGCAACACUGUGAACUGGCUGCCAAACUAGAAUGCCUUCAUCUCAUCUUGACACUGAAAUGGCCUUCUUGUCCGACGAGAGCAUUGUGUACACCCUCACCCUCGGCUUGACUUCUAAGAGUGCUGUUCCACUGCCAAAAGGGAGGUGCCCGCCCUGAACCCCCCAUCCCCGUCAUUUACCUCCCGUUUAUCAAGCUUUGAUGAGUCCUCUUGUAGCGACCUCUUCUCUUCCCGAUGCUUUUUUCUCAUUGGCAGACAUUAUGCAAACUCAUCUUAGCAUAAGGCGAAUACACUCCUUGUUUACAGGCGAGCCGCGCAUUAUGAAUGUACGUAUUAUUUUGAGGGUUUUGUUAUUAUUUGCUGUAUUCAAAAAAUGACACCAAAAUAAACUGCGUGGUUGUGACUGUGGUGGUUUCAGAAUCGCCGUAUUCGGCUCGAGAACUGUUUCGAUUUUUCUUUUUAAAGAUAGCUCAGCCUUUUCUUUAACUCGUGACAUUUGGCUGCCUUUGUAAAAAAACAAAACAAAAAAAAAAAACAAGCUAAACGCGCGAUCGUCCGCCCACUGACUCGUUCCGCAGUGCGCCCGGUUGCCUUCUUUUCAGGUGAAGUCGGUCCUACCUGAUCUGUCCCCUCAAUCCCCCCAGCCCCAGCUCCCGUCCAGGUACCUUCAGGAAGCAAUAAAGGUUGACAACUCUAUCACACGCUAACGAGCGAUAGAGCAAUAUUGUUGUAUAAAUAAGAUGAGUGCUACCUGUGGGGAGUUGUUGUCUUAAUUUGUCAUGUGAUCAUCCUACAGGGACGUGGUGUCAGGGUAUUUGGGGUGCUGCUUUACUUCUUCUACAUGGUAUAGAUCUACGUUCAUGCAUUGCAGAGAUGACAUUUCGCUGAAUAUUUAUUUUUCAUGUCACUGUUGAUCCAUUUACAUAAUGUAUAAAAAAAGUCUAUUUUCAAUAUUUUAAAAAGUAUUUUGUAUUUUAGCCAUAAAGUUUUAUUUCUCCAUGCAAACUAAAGUAUCGCGUGUCAGUAGAUUCCAAAUCAUAUCCAGAGUAAAUUAAAUUUUCUAGCGCUUAAAAGAUCGAAAACACGUGUGAGCGGUUAGACGCCACGGCUUGCCUUCACCCCGACCACCAGGUGUCGAGGUUGUUUGUGACAUUUCUGGUCUUAGUUUGUGAUUCUAGUGUGUCGUGUGUCCUUGUCUCGUCUUCCAGCUCACAUGUUCAACGCUUCUGUUGUUGGCUAACAAAAAAAACAAAACAUGGCUAAUUGUUUUUUUUUGGUGUCAAUGCUGAGAGAUCAACGUUUACACCGCAGUCCACAGAAAAGCAUGUAUGGAAAAUAUUCGGAUUUUUCCCAGAUAAACGCCUCACAAAUUGAGGCUACAUGCUUUAAUAAUAAUAAUAAUGAUAAUAAUAAUACAUUUCAUUGAACAACUAUAGAGUUUUUGUUGUGUGAAUGCUGAGAAUCAAUAGCCUAUUCUAUUGUCAAAUAUUUGGCCCUUUCAAAAUAUCAAAAGACUACCUCAGUGAUGUCAUAAUGGCAUUGCUGCAGGAUCAUAGAAAUGCCACUAGGGGGCAUAUUAGUAUGGUAAAUGACUGUUCAAAUUUUGCAGCUUCUCUCUAUUAUGGAUUUUCAACAAUAUAUGAAUCAGUCAAUCGGACUG